CUCGCCCAUCGUCUGACUACAUGCUAACCGUUUCUACUAGCAACUCACUGAUACGAGCAAAACCCUGGAAUCGUUAAGUCACCUCUUUUAAUUUUUUAUGAUCAAUACAUUUUUGUUAAUAUUGAAUACAUAAUGUCUCUUACUAUAUCACUGUCUGAUCAACGUUAAUAUUUAUAUGGCGAGACGCUCUGUCAUAAAAUGUUCCAUCACCAUGAAACCAUCAUCGCGAAUAAAUCCUAACGGUGAUUGAUGCGUUCGGUUUCGUGCUCGAUCGUGCCGAGAUUUCAUCGCGAGAUCGCGUGAAAUCCCAUUCAAACGAUAGAAGAAACCUCCUAAUUUGUUGCGGACAUUUUCAAUUAAGGGUUCUCUCAACACGAGCGUAUUGAGUAAUUCACAUUGACACGCGGAAAGGAACGUGCGGGUAACGUAUAACAAAUAACUCUCCACAGAAGUAAUUUUCGAAGCCCGAUAGUCACGCUUAUUACCAUCGCAGUGGUCUAGAGGGAAAGGGUUAAUGAUCGUUUCGCGGUUGGGCUACGUGCUGAUCCGAGCGAUUUGUGUUUCUCUAUAAUGUUAAUUAUGCAGGCACCUGCGGAUCGUUAUAAGAUCGCAACGGUUAAGAGAAAGGAACGGCGAAGCAUUCCGCAUAUUGACAGAGCGUUAAAGCUCUUCUCUCGCACGAACGAGCGAGAUAAAAUUUAGAACGCGAGGAAGCUGAAUGCUUCUCCGCGGAAAAGCGGAGGAAAGCGGCGAGGAAACGAUCGCGAGAGAGUCACUUUCGCUUUUCAGAUGAGCAGGAAGAUCCAUGAUUUGAUCUAUGGGCGGCGCGUGUCUGCGCGACAAUUAUCGACCACGUCGCGCGAGUUAGAAUCUUCUUACUUUCUUCCUGCGAAUUCUCUUCCCGCGAGUCGAUUUGCAAUUUCAAUUAGCGAAGCGAUUUAGCAUGAUGAGAUGGAGCUGUCGCAAGACGCGAGCAAUCGUGGCGUGCACAAUCUUGACGUUCGCGCUUCAAUCCGACUGUAUUAUUCACGAGUGACAAAUCCUGAAGAGCGAGCUGAAUAGGCGAGCACCACGCGUAUUCCUUUUGGCACCUAGGUUUCUAAAAUAUGUGCUUGAACAAUGUAAUUUGACUGGCAGGCGACAAAAAACAGCUGCAUUACUCCUCCUUUCUCUGGAGCAUGUUUAGAGUGACAACCGGUUGUCUUUCCGCGCGCGUCCGUGGAACAUCUUCGAAGAGGAUACCACUUAGUACGCGCACUGGAAGUAAUUUGCUGACUUCGUUUUUAGCGAAAGUCUAAUUUCGGUCUUAAUUACACCCCGGCCUUCUGCGGUAGAUAGUUAGAACGAUACCAUCGAUCAAAGCAGGCCUGCAAUCAAGAACUACAUACGUACUCAUACGGAAGCUCGUUAAGCUCGAAUAUCUUCCUCGUGCGAUGCGUUCGCUCGAAGUGCCUCGCGAUCGGAACAGAACUCGUUGGAGAACUUUAUUGCAGGCAUCGUAGAGCAGACAUUUUAAUCGUAUCUCAUAAUUCUAUUUAAAAACCGAGACGUUUUCUCGUUCGAAGUGCGCUGACGAACAAGAAAGUUCGCUGGCUCCGACUACGCCCGCGCGAGCGGAAGCGCGUUUCAUCUCGCGGCGGAACAAUGAUGUCGCGCCUCCUCGGCUGCCGAGAUUUAGCGAGAUUGCGGUGAGAUUUUCACGGCGAACGACAAUUCGCGCGCGAUUGUACGAUCUCUAUUUCUCUGGAUGUAAAUUCGAUUGUCGACUUUCUAUAUCCUUACUCGCGCGAGUAAGACCGCCGCGAGUGCUGGCACGCAGCGCGAUUAUUUACAGGCGCAAACACCGUGCAUACCGUUAGAUUAUUUAUUAUAACGCGCGUAACUGUUAUACAGAAUAAUUGCGCGAUCGCUAUCGAUAUAACUUGCCGCACCAAUAUUUCCCCCAAUUAUAUCGCGCGAGUGUUGCAACAUUUAAAUAACCAAUCUAUUACGCUUACGCCGAUCGCAUUAUGCUCAGCCGAUUCGUGUUUUGCAUUAAGGUACAUUCGUGCAAUCACGAGGUUCAGUUUCCUGUUUCGUUAUUCAAUUGAUUUUUUUCAUUUUGUAUCGGUCAUCGGCAUCGCAUCUCAGAUAUUUAUUUUGUAAAAAGAUCGUCUGUUUUUUUAAUACAUUUAUCGGAAUUCCGUGUAACUAACUUUACCAUACGUGCAUGCGAUAUGCAGCAAAUGCGAAAUAAUUGCAGAACUUGUUGAGUUAUUGUUCACGCGUGCAUAUCGCAACGAUGCUUGUAAAGUUUUACACAUUACGCAUUCUAGUUAUUAAUUUGAUAUGAUCUUUUAGGCAACAGCGGCGAGCAUAACUGCCCGGCAUCGUCUCAAAGUUCUUGCUAGUCCUAGUGUUUCCCACCAAUCAUGUGUUUCCAAACAAUCAUCCAUAUCAAUUUGAAGAACGGGAGAUUCAGAUUAGGGGCAAGGGGAAAGCUCGAACUUGCGGACAAGAUCAGUCAACGAGGGUGAUUGAUUUUCGCGUAACUGACCAGCGAUCGCCUUUGCGCCAGCGCCGAUCUAUAGCGCGCGCUGUCACUAACUAUACGCAAAAUGAAAGGCGGCUUUAAUUGCCGUCGCGACUAAGACGUCGACGUCUUCGUCGUCAUCAUCAUCGCGAUCGUCGUCGUCGUCGUCUGGAAGUGUGUUGCGAAAAAUGUGCAGCAUGUAGGAGCAGAAGAGAGAGGAUGCACUCUACGUGCAGAAAGAAAGAGACAGAGACAGACAGAGAAAGAGAGAGAGACAAAAGGAGAAAGAGAGAAAGAGGGAGUGAGGGAGCAAGAGAAAGAGAGAGAGAGAGAGAAUGCUGCGGCUAGAGAGAGGGGAAAUGAAAGAGAGCGAGAGAGAGAAUGACAGUAGGCUCGUUCGCCAGUCCAAGUCAGUGUUUCCCGAACUGCUGUCAGUGACAGUUCUCCGAUCAUGCGGCGGCGGAUCCUCGAUCAUUGAUCCGUAUCAUUAACGAGAUCCGUUCUAUCUUUUUUUUCUCUUUCUCUCUCUCUCUCCCUCCGAUCGCAGUUUUGUCGCGCGUUGUUGAGUUUUCUUUUGCGUUUUACACUGUUUUUCCCCCAUUGAUAAGACGUCUGUCCCGGGGGAGGUUUCCUCGCUGAUUUUCUGCUCUACGCACGGUGCUACCGAGCCAGAGACCGUUGUUGUUUGUUGUUGUUUUGAGUGAUUGGAGUGAUCAUGGUAUCGACCAGCAGAACUACCUGGAGGCUGCUGCUCGUCUGCUUUACCGUGCUGCUGUUAGGCAUCCUCCAGCAUGCCGAUGGUGCGAGGAAGAGAUUCCGCAGGCCGACGACUUCCGCGCCGUCGAUCUCGAGCGAUCAGGAGGUCUCAGCCAGUGUCAAUAGGUUCAAGGUUACGCGAAAUCGUGUCAGCAACAAGAGCACGAAGAAUGAGCUUCAGCCCGGCAGGACGAACGAUUACAAGCUGGUGUGCUACUACACAAACUGGUCUCAGUAUCGCACGAAGAUCGGCAAGUUCCUACCGGAGGACAUUCAACCUGACCUCUGCACCCACGUUAUCUUCGCCUUCGGAUGGCUGAAGAAGAACAAACUGACCAGCUUCGAGUCAAACGACGAGACAAAGGACGGCAAGAUCGGUCUGUACGAGAGGGUGGUGAACCUCAAGAAAGCCAACCCGUCGCUGAAGGUCCUGCUCGCGAUCGGCGGCUGGUCCUUCGGCACGCAGAAGUUCAAGGACGUUUCCUCCACGAGAUACGCUCGGCAGACCUUCAUCUACAGCGCCAUACCGUACUUGCGUGACAGGAACUUCGACGGCCUGGACAUCGACUGGGAGUACCCAAAGGGCGGCGACGACAAGAAGAACUACGUUCUGCUGCUGAAGGAGCUCCGAGAGGCCUUCGAGGCUGAAGCGCAAGAGAGGAAGAAGCCGCGACUCCUGUUAACCGCCGCGGUACCGGUCGGGCCUGACAACGUUAAGAGCGGCUACGAUGUGCCUGCUGUCGCCAGUUACCUGGACUUCAUUAAUGUCAUGGCGUAUGACUUCCACGGGAAAUGGGAGAGAGAGACCGGUCACAACGCUCCAUUGUACGCCUCGUCAUUGGACUCGGAGUGGCAGAAACAAUUGAGUGUCGACAACGCGGCUACCAUGUGGGUCAAGAUGGGUGCACCCAAAGAGAAAUUAAUUAUAGGCAUGCCCACGUACGGCCGGUCCUUCACCCUCUCGAAUUCGGCCAACUUCCGCGUGCACUCUCCGGCCAGCGGUGGCGGAAAAGCCGGCGAGUACACCAAGGAGUCAGGUUUCCUCGCGUACUACGAGAUUUGCGAAAUGUUGCAUAACGGAGCCGCUUACAUUUGGGACGACGAGAUGAAGGUACCGUAUUUGGUGUACAACGAUCAGUGGGUAGGUUUCGACGACGAGAAGUCCAUCAGGAACAAAAUGAGCUGGCUGAAGAGCAAAGGAUAUGGAGGUGCGAUGGUGUGGACGAUCGACAUGGAUGACUUUAACGGUACCGUUUGCGGCGGAAACGUUCGGUAUCCUCUGAUUGGCGCUAUGAGGGAGGAACUCAGGGGUAUCUCGCGCGGUACUAACGCCAAGGAUGUCGAUUGGAGUGCGGUUGCAACUACCAUCGUGGAAACGAUCGUGAAGAAACCAGAGCCUUACAAGAUCGCCGUCUCAGAGGUCCUCAGCAAGUCGAAGAAACACCAAAAGUCUACGCAACUCGUCAUCAACACUCCAAUUCAGGAGAGAGAAGCGCAAACCAUCUGUUACCUGACAAAUUGGUCACACAAGAGACCGGGAAUGGGACGAUUCAGUCCGGAGGAUAUCGACUCGACUCUCUGCACACACGUGGUGUACGCUUUUGCCACUUUGAAGGAUCAUCUGCUUACCGAAGGAAGCGACAAAGACGCUGAAAUGUACCACAGACUGAUCGCACUCCGCGACAAGAAUCCAGACAUCAAGAUUCUGCUCGCGAUCGGUGGCUGGGCAUUCGGCUCGACGCCCUUCAAGGAGCUGACUAGCAAUACUUUCCGAAUGAACCAGUUUGUUUAUGAGGCUAUUGAUUUCUUGCGGGAAUACAAAUUUGAUGGAUUGGAUGUUGACUGGGAAUAUCCGAGGGGAGCUGAUGAUCGAACGGCCUACGUCAAUCUAUUAAAAGAGCUGAGGUUGGCUUUCGAGGGUGAAGCCAAGAGCUCCGGUCAACCGAAACUAAUUCUGUCUGCCGCAGUGCCUGCAAGCUUCGAAGCUAUUGCUGCAGGAUAUGAUGUUCCUGAAAUAUCUAAGUACCUGGAUUUUAUUAACGUGAUGGCGUACGAUUUCCAUGGUCAAUGGGAGAGGCAAGUAGGCCAUAACAGUCCGUUGUAUCCAUUAGAAAGUGCCACCAGCUAUCAGAAAAAGCUGACGGUGGAUUAUAGCGCGCGGGAAUGGGUGAAGCAGGGAGCACCGAAGGAGAAGCUCAUGAUCGGAAUGCCGACGUACGGUAGAUCCUUCACACUGGUGGACAAGGACAAAUUCGACAUUGGUGCACCAGCAUCCGGCGGUGGAGUCGCGGGUAACUUCACCAAUGAGUCUGGAUUCCUAUCCUAUUACGAGGUUUGCAGUUUCUUGAACGAAGACAACACGACUCUAGUGUGGGAUAGUGAACAGCAAGUACCGUUUGCGUACAGAGACAAUCAAUGGGUCGGAUUCGACGACGAGAGAAGUCUUAUCAACAAGAUGGCUUGGCUCAAGGAAGAAGGUUUCGGUGGUGUCAUGAUCUGGUCGGUCGAUAUGGAUGACUUUAGGGGAUCCUGUGGUGCAGGAAAGUACCCUCUGAUCAAAGCGAUGAAGAAGGAGCUGCAGAGCUACAAAGUUAAAUUGGAAUAUGACGGUCCUUAUGAAAGCACCUCGAGAAAUGGAAAAUAUACCACUAAGGACCCGAAUGAAGUGAUGUGCGACGAGGAGGACAAUCACAUAUCUUAUCACGCGGACAAGAACGAUUGUACGAUGUACUACAUGUGCGAGGGCGAGCGUAAGCAUCACAUGCCGUGCCCAGUGAAUCUGGUCUUCAAUCCGAACGAGAACGUCUGCGACUGGCCGGAGAACGUCGAGGGUUGUUUGCAUCAUACGCAGGCACCGCCCGUGUAAAAGCGAGCGAAAUGCAACGAAGUGAUCACUUUGUGGCACGCGAAAUUGUAAAUUAAAAAAAGCAAGAGAAAAGAAUGAACGAAAGCGAAUGAACGUCUAGGGAAAGUAAUAUUAUUAAAAGUAUUUGUUACGUAAUUCGCAAGCAACAGAGUAAGCAUAUUAUCAUCGCGCGCCUAAUAAUGAAGUCCUCUCUCUUCUUUCGAAUUUAUUUUCUCGCAUAUUAUACUUCACGCAAUUACCUUUAUUGUCUAUACUUUCGCUAUCUGUACUUUUUAAGGCUCUCUUAUCCAUUCUCGUGUAUUUCUUACCCUCGCCAUUUGUAUAAAGCACAAACGAAAUCAUGAUAAUUGCGUUUGUAAAUAAAAAUAAAAAUUCUCGAUUUAA